AAAGUCUUAAAAACAUUUUAACUUUAAUAUUUUUGUCAUGUAAGUCACACUAAUAAGUCAUGUUAUUCAUUUAUUAAUUUUGUAUAAAAGUCGCCUAAUAGCAUAAUUUGAUUUGAUUAACUCUCACUCUGGGAACCAUCAUAUAUGCACCUUUGGAAGUGCUCUUUUAAAAAUCAUGUGUGUGUCACCUUUGAUAGGUGUGAGAUACAAUCUGUAAACCAAAGAAAUCCUAUUUGUGUCCUGGAAUGAUGAGUAAUGCUAGGAUUUUUUUAAAAAAGCAUUUUCUGUUUUUUACAUGCACAAAAGGGUUGGAAUCAGCUUUAUUUAUUUAAAACAUCUGUAUGCCACCCAAUUGUGCCACAGCACCUCUGGGCAGCUCACAACAAGUCGUAGUUAGAAUAAAAUUAAUGAAAUCAGAAAUUUUCAAGUUAAUCACAUGGAAAUUGAGGAGUUUAUUUCAUUCAAAUGGUAGUGCUGUAUGAUAAAAAGCAGUUGUACAAUAUAAUUAACUUUCAAUAAAUAAUAAUAGUCUAGCCAAGAAUGAAGUUGAAACUGGUGUUGAAAGGAGAAGUGGCAGGGAGUGUUUACAUAGCUGGGAUAAUGUGAAAACAUGGGUUGUUGAUCUAGGAUUAAGAAAGAAUUAGAGGAAAAUACAAAGGGUUUUAAGUGUAGCAUGCAGCUAUGUUGAUCAAAGAAUGUAGCACUUACAGUGCAUUCUGGUUUGGCUAGUUUUUGAGCAUGCAUGCGUGAGAGCACGUUGGCACAUUUUCUUCAGAUUCCAACAACAACAAGGCUAUUCAUUUGAACAUUUUGUUCUAUUAAAUUGUGCUGUCAAAUUUUGAGGACCCAGUGGGGACUAAUUUGGAUGGUAAACUUUGUAUCAUUGACUUUGAGACUUUACAUGAUUGGGCUAAUAGAUGCUUAUAGGCAAAAUAUCAACCUUAGAAUAAAUAUCAAUUAUUUUAUUUCUUUGUAUCUUUUCAUCCUAUAUGGGAUUCCAGAGAUGCUUAUAAAUUAAAAUAAAACAUGCAAUGUCAUUAGGACCAUGCUGCUAUGUUUGGGGAUGGUCUGUCUUGGGACAUGGCAGUUGGUGAGACAGUCUCAGGUCCUUUCUCCUAAAGGACAGGGCAGAAUAUGUGCAGUUUGGGGCACUGAACUCCAAGAAGGACAUAGCCAACUUGGAAUAAGGUCUGAGAACAGCAACAAAGAUGUUUAGCAGUAUAGAAAACAACCCUUGUGAGAUGUAGAAAGUUUGUAAGGUCUUCAAUCCAUUGCAUUUUAGGAGAUGUGCAGUUAUCCUUUCAGUGCUGCAACAACAGUCUUUUCAUUGUCAGAAGAUCAUGGAGAAUCCAUUUCUGUGGCUAUGCAUUCACUUCCAGAUAUCCUAAAUUUUUGUGCCAACAAUUACCUUGGACUCUCAAGUCAUCCAGAAGUGAUCCGUUCUGGACUGGAUGCCCUGAAGAACUAUGGUGCUGGCCUGAGUUCUGUCCGUUUCAUCUGUGGAACACAGAAUAUACACAAGGAUCUCGAGGAGAAGAUUGCUUGCUUCCACCAGAGAGAAGAUGCGAUUCUUUAUGCCAGCUGCUUUGAUGCCAACGCUGGAAUCUUUGAGGCACUGCUGACCCCUGAAGAUGCAGUCCUGUCAGAUGAAUUGAAUCAUGCCUCCAUCAUCGACGGGAUCCGGCUUUGUAAGGCCAAUAAGUAUCGUUACAAACACAUGGAUAUGCAGGACCUGGAAGCCAAGCUGCAGGAUGCACAAAAAUACCGUCUGCGGAUGGUGGCAACUGAUGGGGCAUUCUCCAUGGAUGGUGACAUUGCCCCCUUGAAGGAAAUCUGUAACCUCUGUCAGAAAUACAAAGCCAUUGUUUUUGUGGAUGAGUGUCAUGCUACUGGAUUCCUUGGGCCCAAUGGACGGGGCACUGAUGAGCUCUUGGGAGUGAUGGAUCAAGUCACUGUAAUCAACUCGACACUUGGGAAGGCGCUUGGGGGAGCAGCAGGUGGGUAUACAACUGGCCCCAAGGCACUCAUUGACCUCCUGCGCCAACGUUCUCGGCCUUACCUCUUCUCCAAUAGCCUGCCUCCUGCUGUUGUGGGAUGUGCUUCCAAGGCUCUGGAUCUUCUCAUGGAGAGCAAUGCCAUUGCACAGUCCAUGGCUGCCAAGACUGCACAGUUCCGAAGCAAGAUGGCAGCAGCUGGAUUCACCAUUUCGGGCAAUAAUCAUCCAAUUUGUCCUGUGAUGCUGGGUGAUGCUCGGUUAGCCUCAGUGAUGGCUGAUGACAUGCUGAAGAGAGGCAUCUAUGUCAUUGGAUUCAGCUACCCCGUGGUGCCCAAGGGAAAAGCUCGUAUCCGGGUGCAGAUCUCUGCAGUUCACAGUGAAGAGGAUAUUGAUCGAUGUGUGGAAGCCUUCACUGAAGUGGGCCGCAAACACGGAGCCUUGCCUUGAAUGGCUGAAGACGGAACAUGAGUUGUGCCUUUUGGAACAUGGAACCGCAAAGGAGCAAUGCUACUUUUCAGAGAGAUAAAGGUGGCUUUGAAAGAGGGAUCACUUCUUUUUCAAAGGAUUCUUCAUCUCUCUGAGAAGUAGCAGUAAUUUUUGUGUGGGAGGGGUAUACUCAGCCCAUGUUUACUUGUGGUCAGACAGGUUUUUCUUUAGCUACCAAAACUGCCUUUUUCAACUAAAUGUGUCAGUGGAAUGAAUGACGUACACCUCACUACUCUCUUAAACUGCUUCAGUGCUUCUUAGUUCAGACAACAUGAUCAUCCACAAGCCCCACCACAACGUUCAUAGAAUUAGUCUUAGACUAAGCAGGUGUACUUGUCCUAAAAUCAACAGAUAAUAUACAAGCUCCUUUCCAGUGGCGCUUAGAUCUUGUUUAAGACAUCUGGAUGGGCCCCAGAGCCUGCACUCUUCUGGUUCUCAGCAUAUGCUUUAGUGGCCAUGGCAUCACAGGUAUUUCUAAAAGCCUUGAAUGCAAGGCUGGUCAUAAGGUGCAGUGAGGUUAGUCACCAUAAGCAGGGGGUGCAGAGGCAGCUUCUCCCCCCCCCCACAUUUCUCUCUGUUGGAGGACAGAGCUGUGUGUUCCAGGUAGCCUUCUCUGCCCCCCAUGCAUUAUCCUGUUGUCUUCCGGUGCAGUGAAGGACAUUGUUCUUUCAGCAGUCUCAACAUAACAUUCAUCUGCCAACAUCUGUAAAUGGAAUGGAGAAUGUAUCAUUUUGUCCUUCAUCUCCUGUUUAACAGCCCUGGCUGCCUAUCCUGGCCCUGUUCUGCAGAGUUCAAGGCAGCAGGAUGGAAGUGAUAAUUUGCACUACUUGAAAAAAGUAUUCUUUUGAAAACCACCAUUUUGCUUUGGUCUGAUCGCUAGAGGGCAGCUUUGGAACAAUCUGAUUGUGUUGCUCAUGCACAAGCGAAGAAGAGACAAAAGAACAUGCAAGAGCUAAGCUGUCUCAGUAUUUGAUUACACUUAAUUAUAUGAGCCUAUCAUUUUGAUGUAUUCAUGGCUAUUACAAUGCACCACAGAAUGCUAAAAGAAGCUCAACCAGCUUUGCGGUUCUCUGUAUCCUAGUAGCUAGUUUUGCAAUAUAAUCAGAUUGCAAAAGGAUGAUGGAGAGAGAAGCAAGAAUGUUCUUCUUGAAUGUUUCUUUUUAACUUAUAUCGGGGGUAGCCAACUUGGUCCUUCAAAUGUUUUGGCUGACAGCUCUCAUCUGGCCUAACUAGCAUCAUCAAUGAUGAGAGUUUUGGGCAUCCUACAGAUAGUUCUGGUGCACAAAGCUGCCCUACAUUAGAAAAAAAAAACUCCUCUUUCACACAUGCUGCAAAGUGGAGUAGGAUCAAACUCAACACAUUCGUUCAAUGCAUCCUGCACACUGUGAGAGAGAGACAUCGCAGGAAGCAUAAUGCUACAGUGAGAGUGGUAAGGAGAUCUAUGUCCUUCAGAUCAUGUUAGAGAUAAGUUCCAAUCAACUUCAGCCAUCAUGACCACUGGCAAGGAAUACUGGGGGUCAAUUGUCUAACAUCUGGAGGGCUCCAAGUUUCCUGUCUCUGAUUUAAGCAUAUCCAUUGCAAUAUGUCAUACCCCUUCUUUCUCAAUAUAAGCUAUUAUGAACAGCCCAUAAAAGGUGGGUAUCAGUCUGCAAAAAAUACCAGCAGGCAUGUGCAAAUUAACACAAUUGCAAGGUUUCAAAUAUACAGCUUUUUAAAAAACA